CGGUCUCUUCCUCCUGCGAUUCACUCUCCGGCGAACUCCUCGGAAAACCCGGCCGACCCAGUUCAACCGAACCGAAAUCGAACCAGACCGAACCGGAGUUUUCAUCUAGAAACGCUCUACCGUUUUCGCUGUUUUCGUUUUCAGUGUGUUCGUUGCUAUUGCUUGUCUUCUCUUCACCUCCUGUUUCGGAUUCGGGUUUGGUUCCAUGGAUUCGGAGCUCCGAGACACGCUCCGAAGCCUCUGCCAUGGUCGUGGCUGGUCCUACGGUGUGUUCUGGCGCAUCAGCCGCGGCGAGCCUCGGUUUCUGAUUGUGGCUGAGAAUUACUGUGAAGAUCAAUUCAAACCAGUUGUCAAAAAGAUGAUUAAUCAAGCCAAUGUUGUGGGAGAAGGGACAAUAGGACUAGUGGCUGCAAGUGGGAAGCAUCAAUGGAUUCAUUCAAAUGGGAAUUUCAGAGAAUGGAGUACAAAUGGUGCUGACAACACCCCAGGCAUGUUGCAGGGUAACAAUGAGUGGUGUUAUCAGUUCUUAUCUGGGAUAAAGUCAAUGGUGUUCAUAUCGUUGCCAUCACAAGGAGUAGUUCAAUUUGGUUCUUCGCAACAGAUAUUUGAGGAUUUCGGGUUCAUCGAUCAAGUCAAGUCAUCAUUUCUGAAGUUUACUUGUUUGAAAGGCUCUCAUUCUGAGAAGAACAAGAAAACCCACGCUCCUCAUGAAGCUGGGAUUUCUUCUAGACAUUUUCAAACUAGUUACAGAAACAUCAUCGAUUCUAUGCAUGAGUCUAGCAGCAAUGACCCCUUUGAGAAAUUGCAGUGUUCAACCACUCCAAUGAAAGCUCAAAGUCUUUAUUCUAUGCCAUCAAUGUCCAACUCAACAUGUUCGGCACAAAGAUGUAGCAUUCCAUUUCAAAGAACAAGCUCAACUGGAUUAACUUACCAGUGUGAUGCAGCUGUCCCCAACACUGAAGCUUUUGUCUCACCUAAUCCACAGUUAUCGCAUUCUAGUUUAUCUAAUAACUCGGACAUUGUAUGCUCAAAUGCCAAUGCGUGGAACAAGGAAGUCAAUCAGUCAGUGAUGGAUCAGAGACUCAUGACCGGGAUGCAUUCGCAGGGCUUGCCAUGCACCUCUCACAGUCCAUAUUCUUCAACUCGUACGAGUCCUUAUCAUCACCUCCAUGGAGGUUCAGUCUCAUUUAGCAGUCUGUAUAGAUCUCUUGGUGCAUCUGGAGAGCAUUUGCUAGAUUUUCAGCAUGCUGCGCCAUCCUUUCAAGUUAUUGAAGGUGAUAGUUGUACUGGUAUUAGUUUUUCCAAUCCAACAAGUAUCAACAGCUUAAACAAAGAGUUGGGACCUGGUGAAUCUAAGUUCAUUCCUUCUAAAGAUGGUUUAGUAGUAAAUGAGAAUAAGCUAGAUGGGAUUUCAUCAUCACAUGUUACCUCCAAUGAAGUUGGAAACUCCAUUUCAGGCGCGAUGAACUCUUUCAACAUCAGUCAUUAUGGAGAAGAGAAUCCUAUGAGUUUAGUCACUAAUCCACUCUCAGAUAAUGACUUUUUUAAUGGCGUCGAAAUGGAUCUGAAUCCGAGCUUCCUGGGACAGGACUCUUGGAGUACCAUCUCUAUGCCAACUGAUGACAAUCCUGUUUUUUCAGAGUGCUUCUCAGAAUUGGACUUGGGCUCCAAAGCGGGUUUUGAUGACAAGUUUUUCAUGGAACCUGCGGUGGAACAACUAUUAGAUGCCAUGGUUAGCGGAAAUCUUAACUUUGCUUCUGGUCAUAGUUCUGUUGAUACUAAUCAAUGUUCGACAUCUACAACCAUAGCUGGUGCUCAAGGCUUUGGCCAGGCAUCCAAUGUGUUGUUUUCCGAAAGUAAUUUGGGUCUCGGAAAUGGCUGUCUCAAAGAAACACAAGCGAAGUCAAAGGUUAGUUCAUGGAUGGAUGAUAGUACUAGUAUGAAUGCAGAAAGUGCUGUGACUAAUAUGUCAAAGAGGCUUGAAGAAGCUCCAAAGGUUGUCAGGAAAAGAGCCCGACCUGGGGAAAGCUCUCGGCCAAGGCCAAAAGAUCGUCAGCAGAUACAGGAUCGUGUCAAGGAGCUGAGGGAGAUCGUGCCUAACAGUGCAAAGUGUAGCAUUGAUACAUUGUUGGACCGGACAAUUAAACACAUGCUUUAUUUGCAAAGUGUGACAAAAUAUGCUGAUAAAUUCAAGCAAGCAGACGAGCCAAAGAUGAUCUGUGAAGAGAGUGGUGUAGUUUUAAAAGACAAUACGAGCGGUAGCGGCAACGGAGCUACCUGGGCAUUUGAAGUUGCAGGUCAAACAAUGGUUUGUCCGAUAAUUGUCGAAGAUCUCAGCCCGCCUGGUCAAAUGCUAGUCGAGAUGCUUUGUGAAGAACAUGGUUUGUUUCUUGAGAUAGCUGAUAUAAUUCGAAAUUUCGGUCUGACUAUCUUGAAAGGAGUAAUGGAAAUUCGUGAUAGUAAAAUAUGGGCUCGAUUUUUCGUCGAGGCCAACAGAGAUGUGACCAGGAUGGAUAUAUUUAUGUCCCUUGUUCAACUUCUACAACAAAACACACAUAUCAUUCGACCUCAUGAACAGCAGCAAGCAAAAAACGUCGAUAGAAGAGCUUGCGAUUUGAUUGUCAGCAAACAUCAAUGGCAAACUCAAUCAGCAUGGCCACUGAGUUGCAGCAACAAUGAACAAAGAUCUUUUGCACAAUGACCAACAUCUCAAACCUGAAAACAUGGAUGGCCUCUUUGUCAAAGUUUUAAGUUUGGCCAUGGAGGUUGUUCUGCAAAGCUGAAGAGAUGAUGGUGAUUGGCCAAUGCAGUGGUUGUUGUAAUUUAUAUAUCUGUUUUACAUUUAUUUAAUCUGAUGCUCAUAAGCUAAUUAUAGUGAAAAGGAAGCAGGUUUGUUUGAGGUAUUCCUGAUAACCAAACUACUCUUCACUUUGUAAUGUAUUUAACAUUGAAACUGUAAUGUCCUUCUUGUGAUGAUCUCUUAGUAUAAAUUUGUUUCACUUUUAGUUGU